AGUUACUGUGCGCAAGUGCCAACGGCUUAGAGUGGCUGGAUCAGAACGAAGUUGAAGGAGCAGAUGAUUUUACUAAAAAUCAUAUGGACAUGCUGGUUCCAAUAGUCUCUCUCGAGACUGUGCAUGAUUCUCCAUGGACUGAAUUAGAGUAGAUAUUCCUUUUUUAAUCGCAGUAGUUACGAAUUAAGUAUUCUAUUGUUUAAUCUUUAUUACACUUGUAGCUCUCAGCAAUAUUGAUUACUAGUCUCUAACUAGUCGUAAAUAAAAGUACGAAGCGAAUUAUUUUUUUUUCUUUUUAUUAAAAAAUCCAACGUGUUUAAAUAAGAAACCCACAUUUUGAAAAAUCUCACGUGAGAUUUGGGGAUGGGGGAGGGGAUUGAAUAAAAUCUCACGACAUCUCACCAGGGGGGGAGGGAGGGUCAGAAAAUUUGAAAAAACACCUCACGUAAUUUAUGGACGCCCCCUAAUAUAAUGCCCAAGAAACCGCGUUAACGGAGACUCUGAGGACGUGCCGUCAUUUGUGGGGUAAAAAAAUGGUAUUUUCAGUAAAAACAUAAAUUAGCUUCUGCAAACUGACCCUUAUUAUCCAUUAAAAAUCAAAUAAAUCGUUAAGAUUAUUUUGCACUUUGAAUGUUUCCCGCGCUUUUCUUAGAUAGUUUUACCUCUAGUUUGCCCACAAAUGACGUCACGCGUUCUGAUUGGUGUUCCAUUUGACGUGAGAGUAGAAAUAUUUAAAAAAUAUAUUUUUAUAAUUGUUAUUUAACAUAGUUAUUUAACAAAUAUUUUUUUAUACUUUAUGAACUUCUUAACCACAUAUAUUAAAUCUUUAUUGUAGUUGCUAUCCUAUCCCCAUUAUAGUUUUAUUAUCCAAGGGACUAAUUCUUUUCCUUCGUCAUCAAUAACUAAAAGAAUGACAACAACAUAUGUGUGUUGUACAGAAAAAGCAGGAGUUGGCACGUAAAGUGGCUGAAACAGAAGAGAGACGCAAAGCGGAGGAACAAGCGAGACAGCAACGACUCGCCGAUGAACAGCGACGCGCCGACAACAACCGCCGGAAACAGAUGGAGGAGGCCGAGGCGAUGAAGAAAGAGGCGGCGAUAAUGGCGAAAGAGAUAGAGAAAAGACAAAAGGAAUACAUAGAAAAACAGAAGUUAAAACAUCGAUUGGAAAUGGAGAAGCUGCGCACGCCGGGCACGCCUGGUAGAUGCUUACUGGUAACAGAACCGACGUACAUGGCGGACGGAUUCCAACAUCUCAACUCUGAUGAGGACGAGGAACCAGAGGACAGACCGGUGCCCAACUGGAGUACAUCCAAGGUAUUUAUUUUUUGUGGAGAAUUACGAGAUUCUUGCGACAACAAAUUGAUGCAUGUGAUGAAAAAGGUUACAUUAAAUUUAUGUAUAAGCACUGCAAAUCGCUAAUGCAACUGGCUGCCAUUUUGAUAACGUAAUUGCGUUCAAAAAUGAGUAUCGUUAAGGAAUAAACACUGGUUUAUAAGUACACUUAUUGAGUUAGGUUGUGUUGAGAUCGCACAAUUUCUUUUUUAUGUUUUUGUUGGGUUCUAUUGUUAAAUAGGCUUGUGUCCUACAAGUAAAAAUACAGGUUUUUGUUAUAUCUUCGAAAAAUAUAAACCAUUUUAACUUAUAAAUGUUUAACUAAACAAAUUUUAAGUCACUGAUUUGGAAAAUAUUACGCUCUGAAAACUUGAAAAAAGUAGAGAAAAUCUACUACAAAAAUUUGCUAAAAUACAUAAGGCAUUAAAUUAGAUAUAAAAUAUGUUACAAAUUUCAUUAUAACAGUUAUAAACAUAAACGCACAAAUAACAAAGAUAUUACAAAAAUUAUCCAGACGCCCACACAUUUUUCGCUACUGUAGCACCGUGUGACGUCACUGAGUGCGUUGAAUUUGUAGGGAGCGUUUUCGGCCAACUAGCAGCAGUUCUACAAACACAGCACCGUAUGUCCGAAACUAUUAAUCACAGACAUGCUGUUACUUCGACAUUAUUUCUCAGAUGUUAAUUGACUAUUUAUUUAUGAAAUAAAAAAAAGUUGUCAACUAGCCUAUUGUGUUGUUACUUGUUAUGGUUAACUAAAAUUGUAACUGCUAUUAUGAUAAUAAAUACCUCAAAUAAUACCUUUCUGUCAGCUGAUGACAAGUAGGUGUCGAUACUUUUACUCGAUACCGUAUCGGUCAUGAGUGAUCAACACUACUGAUAGUCAAUAGCAAUACU